AUGUCUCUUUGGGAUCCUUCUGCUUUCUUGAUUUAUAUUGGUUUUGUAGCUAGUUUAGCUUUAUUUUAUAUCGUGUUACCUGGUGAUUAUGUCCCAGGCACUUUACUUCGUAACGGCAAUCGACUUAAAUACAGAAUGAAUGGUUUUGCUUCAUUUCAUACAACUAUUUUUGCUGCACUUUAUUUCUUGAAGAGUACUGGAUUAAAGCCUCUUGAAUACGCUUAUGAUCAUUAUAUUGGUUUAGCAUUUGCUUCUAUUAUUUUUAGUUAUGCCAUCUCUACAGCCGUUUAUCUUGGUAGUUUCCGACCUAAUAAAUUAUUAGCUUUAGGUGGUAAUACGGGAAAUCCAAUUUAUGAUUUUAUGAUCGGUAGAGAACUCAAUCCUCGUAUUGGAGGCUUUGAUAUCAAAUUCUUCACUGAACUUCGUCCUGGAUUAAUUGGAUGGUUAGUAUUAAAUUAUUGUUUAGCAGCUAAGCAGUGGACUGAUCUUGGUGGACGCAUGACAAAUACAAUGUUUCUCGUACAAUUCUUUCAAACUUGGUAUGUGGUUGAUUCACUUUGGAACGAGGAAGCUGUCUUAACUACUAUGGAUAUUACAACUGAUGGUUUUGGCUUUAUGUUAGCCUUUGGUUUAUAUACAUGGGUUCCUUUUACUUAUACUCUUCAAGCUCGUUAUCUUGUUGAUUUCCCUCAAAGUAUUAGCUGGCUUAGCUUUUGUGGUAUUCUUGCUCUUAAUUUUAUUGGCUAUUAUAUCUUUAGAAAACUCAAGUAUCUUCAAACAAAAGCAGGUAGUAAAUUGAUAACAUCAGGCUGGUGGGGUAUUUCACGUCAUAUCAAUUAUUUUGGUGAUUGGCUCAUGUCUCUAAGUUGGAGUUUACCAUGUGGAUUUGCUACACCUAUUCCAUACUUUUAUCCAAUUUAUUUCGCUAUUCUUUUACUUCAUCGUGAAAGAAGAGAUGAUCACAAGUGUAGAACUAAAUAUGGCGAAGACUGGGAAAAGUAUUGUAAAAUUGUUAAAUAUAGAAUUAUUCCUGGUAAGAUAUAA